GGAGCGUAUGUGAAAUUUUGAAUAACUCGGUCACUGAGUUUUUAGAGAACAACCCAGUUGAGUUCUUGAACUCGUUUCAUAAAAAAAGAAAAAAGAUAAAAAGAGUUGAGGUUGAAGCUAGUUUUGUGGAGGAAACGAUUAGUCUUUUGGAAUGGAUAGCGGGGAUGUGUAUAGAUUGAGGGGAAGUUUACGUAUAGGGAGCAUUUCUUCAAGGGGUUCAUCGAGGAGACCGGUUGCCAUUGAUGUUUUUUCAAGGUCUGCAAGAGAGGAAGACGACGAAGAGGCGUUGAAAUGGGCGGCAUUGGAGAAGUUGCCGACGUUUGAUCGUUUGAGGAAAGGCAUACUCAGCACUUCAAGUGGUGGUUAUGGUGAAAUUCAAGUGGACAAUCUUGGGCCGCAAGAAAAGCAGAAGUUGAUUGAAAAGUUGGUUAACAUUGCAGAAGUUGACAAUGAAAGGUUUCUCAACAAGCUUAGGGAACGUAUUGAUAGAGUUGGAAUUGAGCUUCCUAAAAUUGAGGUUCGGUUUGAGCAUUUGAAUGUUGAAGCAGAAGCGUAUGUGGGAAGUAGAGCUUUGCCUUCUUUCUUUAACUUCUCUAUCAACAUGAUAGAGGGUUUCUUGACUUCUCUGCAUAUUCUUUCGAAUCGAAAGAAACGCCUUACAAUCCUUAAAGAUGUCAGUGGAAUCAUCAAGCCAAAGAGAAUGACAUUGCUUUUGGGUCCUCCGGCGUCAGGAAAGACUACACUGCUGUUGGCUUUGGCUGGGAAGCUUGAUUCUUCUCUAAAGACAUCUGGUGAGGUGACAUACAAUGGGCAUCAGCUGAAUGAGUUUGUACCGCAGAGAACUGCUGCUUAUAUCAGUCAACAUGAUGUUCAUAUAGGAGAAAUGACUGUUCGGGAAACUUUGGCCUUCUCUGCAAGAUGCCAGGGCGUGGGAACCCGUUAUGAAAUGUUGGCGGAAUUGUCAAGAAGAGAGAAAGCAGCAAAUAUUAAGCCUGAUCCUGACAUUGAUGUUUUCAUGAAGGCAGCAGCAGCAGAAGGCCAAGAAGCCAGUGUUAUCACUGAUUAUAUUCUAAAGAUUUUAGGACUGGAAGUCUGUGCUGAUACCAUGGUAGGUGAUGAAAUGUUUAGAGGUAUCUCAGGAGGACAAAAGAAGCGAGUUACAACAGGGGAAAUGCUGGCUGGACCAGCAAAUGCACUGUUCAUGGAUGAGAUAUCAACUGGUUUGGACAGCUCAACAACCUUCCAAAUUGUGAAUUGUCUAAAGCAAUCAAUUCACAUCUUGGAUGGAACUGCUGUGAUCUCCCUCCUACAGCCAGCACCAGAGACUUAUAAUCUCUUUGAUGACAUUAUCCUUCUAUCUGAUGGUCAAAUUGUGUACCAGGGUCCCCGUGAACAAGUGCUAGAUUUUUUUGAAUCCAUGGGCUUCAAAUGUCCUGAAAGAAAAGGUGUUGCUGAUUUCUUGCAAGAAGUGACAUCGAAGAAAGAUCAGCAGCAGUAUUGGGCACGUGGAGAUGAGCCUUAUAGGUUUAUCACGGUCAAGGAAUUUGCUGAUGCAUUUCAAUCAUUCCAUGUGGGUCGGAAAAUUGGUGAUGAACUUGGAGUUCCAUUUGAUAAGAGAAAGAGCCACCCAGCUGCUUUGACUACUGAAAAAUAUGGUGUUAGCAAGAAGGAGUUGUGGAAAGCUAAUGUAUCAAGAGAACUUUUGCUGAUGAAGAGAAAUUCCUUUGUCUACAAAUUCAAGCUCAUGCAACUUACGACAAUGGCUCUGGUUGCUUGUACAAUCUUCUUCCGAACCAAGAUGCCCCGGGAUAAUCAAAAUGAUGGAACAAUUUUCACGGGCGCCUUGUUCUUCACUGUUAUAAUGGUUAUGUUCAAUGGAAUGUCUGAGAUUUCUAUGACCAUAGCUAAGCUUUCUGUUUUUUACAAGCAAAGAGACCUCCGUUUCUAUCCUGCUUGGGCAUAUGCUCUUCCAUCAUGGAUUCUCAAGAUCCCCGUCUCAUUAAUUGAGGUUGCUGUUUGGAUUGCCUUAACCUAUUACGUAAUUGGUUUAGAUCCCAACGUUACCAGGUUUUUUAAGCACUACUUGGUGCUCUUGCUAAUUAACCAGAUGUCUUCUGGAAUGUUCCGAACAAUCGCUGCAAUGGGCAGGGACAUGAUAGUUGCUAAUACAUUUGGUUCAUUUGCAUUGCUCCUGCUCUUUGCAUUAAGUGGAUUUAUCCUUUCACGAGCUGACAUCAAGAGCUGGUGGAUAUGGGCUUACUGGUGUUCACCUUUGAUGUAUGCGCAGAAUGCAGUAGUGGUUAAUGAGUUCCUUGGACAUAGCUGGGACAAAGUUGAUCCAGCUUCAAAUGAAACACUGGGAAUUGCAGUUCUGAAGUCUCGCUCAUUCUUCACAGAAGCAUAUUGGUAUUGGAUAGGAGUCGGGGGACUAGUUGGUUUUAUACUGCUGUUAAAUUUUCUUUUCACUUUGGCUCUCACUUAUCUCAACCCGUUCAAUAAGCCUCAGGCUAUUAUACCAGAUGAAUCUAAAAGCGAUGAGUCUAAUAACAACAUUGGGGGAGAUAUUCAGUUACAAACCUAUGGAAGUAUCUUGAGUCAUGAAGCUCAAUCAGAGAGAGAAGAUGCCAUUAGGAGGAGAUCAAGCUCCUCUACUGUGUCCACAUCCAUGACAGAGGCUGUUCAUCUCAAGAAAAGAGGAAUGGUUCUUCCAUUUGAACCACAUUCCAUCACUUUUGAUGAAAUUACAUACUCAGUUGACAUGCCACAGGAAAUGAAACUUCAAGGUGUUUCUGAAGACAGAUUGGUACUUCUGAAGGGUGUGAGUGGUGCGUUCAGGCCAGGUGUUCUUACUGCUUUGAUGGGUGUAAGUGGUGCUGGUAAAACCACUCUGAUGGAUGUAUUGGCUGGUAGAAAAACUGGCGGAUACAUUGAUGGGACCAUCACAAUUUCUGGGUACCCAAAGAAGCAAGAAACUUUUGCUCGCAUUGCAGGAUACUGUGAGCAAACCGACAUCCAUUCUCCUCAUUUAACUAUAUAUGAAUCUUUGCUCUAUUCUGCCUGGCUCCGUUUACCCUCUGAAGUAGAUUCCAAUGCUAGAAAGAUGUUCAUUGACGAAGUCAUGGAGCUGGUGGAAUUAACUCCAUUGAGACAUGCACUAGUUGGUUUGCCUGGUGAAAAUGGUCUGUCAACUGAGCAGCGCAAGAGGCUUACCAUUGCAGUUGAGCUUGUAGCAAACCCAUCAAUCAUAUUUAUGGAUGAGCCAACUUCAGGUCUAGAUGCAAGAGCUGCUGCAAUUGUCAUGAGGACAGUUAGGAACACUGUGGACACAGGAAGAACGGUGGUUUGCACUAUCCAUCAGCCAAGCAUUGACAUAUUUGAAGCCUUUGAUGAGCUAUUCUUAUUAAAGAGAGGAGGACAAGAGAUUUAUGCUGGGCCUUUGGGUCGCCAUUCUAGACAUCUUAUAAAGUAUUUUGAGGAUAUUCCAGGAGUUAGUAAAAUUACAGAUGGUUACAAUCCAGCUACUUGGAUGUUGGAAGUUACUGCUAUGUCUCAAGAAGUAGUUUUGGGGGUUGAUUUUGCUGAAAUCUACAAAAAUUCAGAACUGUACAGGAGAAACAAGGCUCUCAUUAAAGAUUUAAGCAAGCCUGUUCCAGGAUCGAAAGACCUCUAUUUCCCUACUCAAUACUCACAAUCAUUCUUCAUCCAAUGCCUAGCUUGUGUAUGGAAGCAGCGUAUCUCGUAUUGGCGUAAUCCAUCAUACACAGCAGUCAGAUUUCUGUUCACAACCUUUAUAGCUUUGAUAUUCGGGACAAUGUUCUGGGACCUGGGUGGCAAAACGAAGAAAAGACAAGAUCUGUUUAAUGCAAUGGGUUCCAUGUAUUCUGCUGUUAUCUUCCUUGGUGUCCAAAAUGCUGCAGCUGUGCAGCCAGUUGUUGCAGUUGAAAGGACAGUGUUCUACCGAGAAAGAGCUGCUGGAAUGUAUUCAGCCAUGCCGUACGCCUUUGGGCAGAUAGCGAUUGAGCUCCCCUAUGUUUUCGCUCAAGCUGCAGUCUACGGUGUCAUAGUGUAUGCAAUGAUCGGAUUUGAAUGGAAUGCUGCUAAGUUCUUUUGGUACUUAUUCUUCAUGUACUUCUCAUUACUAUACUUCACCUUCUACGGCAUGAUGGCUGUUGCUAUGACACCAAACCACCACAUUGCUGGCAUUGUUUCCUCUGCAUUCUAUGGAGUAUGGAAUCUCUUUUCCGGUUUCAUCAUCCCAAGACCUAGAAUCCCAAUAUGGUGGAGAUGGUACUACUGGGCAUGCCCUGUAGCUUGGACGUUAUACGGGUUGGUUACAUCACAGUUUGGAGAUAUGCAGGAUAGACUCGAAGACGUUGAUAAUGUAACCGUGGAACAGUUUUUGCGAGAUUUUUUUGGUUUCAAGCAUGAUUAUCUUGGAGUAGUUGCAGUGGUAGUUGUUGCAUUCACACUUCUGUUUGCAAUAAUAUUUGCUGCAGGAAUUAAGGUAUUAAAUUUCCAGAGAAGAUAGAAAUUUAAUCCCACUUUUUCUUCAUUGUCACCUCUUGUACAGUGUCUGUCAUUGGGUCACUUUUAGUGCCAAAUGCACUUGUAUAAGUUUCAAUUCUAUUUAAUAUUUCUAAUUUACUGUAAGCUGUUGAACCAAAUUAACAGAAACCAACAUCUUUUUAUAACAAUAUUUCUAUUUAUUUUCCUGAUUUA